UGCGUGGGACAUGACGAACGCGUCCAUCUCCACCAACACGGACCUGCCGCAGACGACGGAUGAAAGACGCCCGUUACCAUCAACGAGCGUCAACGAAUCCAACUCUGUGGAAACAAGCAAGACGACAGCGGUCGCAAACCAAACCCCGGAAGAGUCCAUUCGUCGUUCCCGGGACAAACCCGACAUGUUCGCCGAACCCGCCCAAGAUCUGCCUUUCCCGACGGAGUUGCAACGUGCCCGGCAGAGUACACCGGGAGCCUUUCCACAAGGCGGUACCGCCACUCGUAGCACGACCUUGUCGACGACGACGACGACGGAUGCCAGUCAGUCUACCGCGUCAGUGUCACCGUUGUAUAUAGCCGCAUCCGGUAUGCCUUUGCUGACGGCGACGCUCGUGGCGGAAGACGAGGACGACGCUACCGGACAUUCGGAGACUACCAGUGGAACGCACUCAACCCCGCGUCACAAUGACGAUGAUGAUGAAGAAAAGCAGCGUGGAUCGGUAGUCCUUGCCACAGCGGAACCGUGGGAACAACAUUCCGUAACCGAAAAAACUCUACGCCGGACUCGCCGUAAGCGCUGCACGUACGCCCUUGUGGUCUUGCUGGGAAUCGUGGGGCUCGUACUGGGCGUAACUUUGGGGAUUACCAACCGCACGAACAGUCGCACCGACAGCCAAACGACUGCAAUAACGGCGAACGACGGUACAACUACCGGAGACGCCAACGGCGAUCGUGACAGUUUGGAUGGCGACACCGACGAUGCACUCUCCGUCUCGCAAACGUCCCACGUCGUGGCUUGGCCGGUAGCUACUUCCUGUCUGGAUGAACCAUCUCGGCCACUCGUACGGGUUUCUUGUGGCGCCACGGAAACGGUACGCAUUCGCACCGUCCAAAACGCCAACUGCACCCUUACGAGCGAUCGCACCAACGAAGCCACGUGCGUCCCGGAUCAGCUUGCCAAUUCAGCAAGGUUGGCGGUUGCCUUUUGGGACUGUACCGGCAUCGUGCCGGGGUCCGUCGGCCCCGUCCAAGCGGUGCUAUCCCCGUCGCUCCCUACCGACACCGCCAAUAACGUUCCAAACGACGCUUGUUCGACAUGGACGGUGGACACCUUCACGUCCAAUGCCCCCACCGUACCAACCUACCUUAUUCUGGGCGACGUGUGUCCCGUCGUUGCCUCCAACACGGAAGCUGUCCCAAGCCAAGAUAGUGCCGACCACGAUGCGACGGAAAGUGCGACCAACGACGACGCGUGGAACGACGACGACCGCCGCAUCCUUACGGUCCCCGAUACAACCCAAGCCGAUUGGCACAUUGUUACACAACGAGACGGUUCCUGUCCGGCACCCGGCACCAACGUGACGGUAGCGUCGAGCCAACUGCAAGUAUGCGCGUGGUUGGAACCGAACGAUUGGGAGAUGCCGGAACUCCGCGUCCGCCACGACCGUUUGCCGUGCCGACACGCGGUAGAUCGAGGCCCAAGCCUGGAGUCGUUUUGGUAUCAGGCGGACCAAUUGUUCCAGACCGACGUCAUUGUGAACGCGCUAGAACCGUACGGUACGCCACAAGGGUGA